UCAUUCAUUCAUUCGUUCUUGUUUCAUUCAACGAUAUGAUUGACUUCUUUUUCAUAUUCUUUUCUUUCAAUGGUAUUGUUUCAUGAAAAUUUUAUGGGAAUUUGUGGAAAAUUCGUUUAAAAAUUUAUUGCUGAAAGUAAUAAGGAGAGGUACACCAAUGGUCUAGUAAUAUUAGUCAAACGGCAAGCAAUAAUUGAGCAAUACUCUGUAAAAUGGCUGGCGUAAAUGAAGAUCAGUCCAUCAAUGAUUCUGCGGAGGAUAGAUUGGUGCCUACUGAAAAUAAUGUUGCUGAAGAAAGUGAAACCACAGGGGAGGAAGUCGAUAUCAAUGCACAGAUUGAUGAACAACGUCGAAGAAUGCAGCCGACUAAAUUGGAGUCUUUCUUUGCAAUCACCAAGUCUCUUAUUAUUAGAGCAUUAGUAGUGUACUUCAUUACAUCUAUGUUCCGUCAACCUGCUGCACCAAAAACAGAUGUUAACAAUGUGACUGGAGUGACCCGUGUCCCUGCUAUUAACAUGUUCAAAAAUGGAUCUGUACUAGAUAUUUAUGCAUAUGUAUCAGAAAAGGAGUUUUUUGGAGACUUUGAUAACAGUAGUCUGAUUUGGAAACAUGCGGGAAUCGUCUAUGGAGAUUGGUAUGGUGGGCCAAACAAUGAUGGCACAUUCAAUCACUUUACUAAAAUAACACCUUCAGAGUCUCUAAAAAAUAAUGGCUCUAUAUAUCUUCAUGUAUUUGUUGUUCCAACUGGGAAAUCUCCAGAUCCUAAAGAUAAAGAUAAUUAUGCUGGGCAUUUUGUUACUUAUGGAAAGAAAACUUUGAAUAAAUACAAAAAACUGCGUUAUCAGAAAACUCAUAACCUCUUAACUGGUCAAACUGAAAAAUCUGCAGAAGAAGUAAAGAAAGCAGAGACAAUGAAGGAAGAAAUAGUGUCUCACUGGCAUCCCAAUCUGACCAUCAAUUUAGUGACUGAUCAGACUAACUGGAUGCAGGGGAGCGUUCCUCCACCUCUUGAUGAGUUCAUAUACUUCUGGCCAGAUGGAAAGCAGUACAAACCAGCUGUGUUUCUGAAUGAUUAUUGGAACAUGAUGCGUGACUAUGUCCCUAUAAAUCAAACUACAACAACUCUUGAUCUGUUGCUGACUUUCCAGCCUCUUAGUUUAUUCAAGUGGCAGCUGUACACAGCCCAAGUGAUGAGAGAUAAAUUGAGCAUGUUCUCUGCUUUAGGUGCAGAAGAGCAAGAUGAGGAACAAGAUACGGUUAAAGAAUUGCUCCUAGACACUUCACCAUACCUUUUAGGUCUCACUAUUUCAGUAUCUGUGCUGCAUUCCAUAUUUGAGCUACUAGCUUUCAAGAAUGACAUUCAGUUCUGGAACAAUAGACAGUCUCUUGAAGGCCUGUCUGUAAGAUCUGUAUUUUUCAAUGUCUUUCAAUCCACUGUUGUUCUUCUGUAUGUUUUAGACAAUGAAACCAAUGUUAUGGUUAGAAUUUCCUGUUUCAUAGGACUAAUGAUUGAAAUAUGGAAAAUUAACAAAGUAAUGGAUGUAAAAUUGAACAGGGAGGACCGUAUCUUAGGUAUUCCCAAGAUCACUUUCACUGAUAAAGGUUCUUAUGUCAAAUCUAGUACAAGGGAAUAUGACACUUUAGCUUUCCGUUAUUUAAGCUGGGCGUGCUUCCCUCUUCUAGUUGGAUAUGGAAUUUACUCCCUGCUGUAUCAGGAACACAAAGGAUGGUACUCAUUCAUCCUGAACAUGAUGUAUGGUUACCUCUUGACAUUUGGAUUUAUCAUGAUGACUCCACAGUUGUUCAUAAACUACAAACUGAAGUCUGUGGCCCACCUUCCAUGGCGUAUGAUGACUUACAAGUUCUUAAACACAUUUAUUGAUGAUAUAUUUGCAUUUGUAAUCAAAAUGCCAACAAUGUAUCGCCUUGGAUGUUUUAGAGAUGAUAUUGUAUUCUUUAUAUUCUUAUAUCAGCGUUGGAUCUACAAGGUUGAUCACAAGCGGGUUAAUGAAUUUGGUUUCUCGGGUGAGAUGGAAGAACAACAAAAGCAGGCCAAGAACGGUCAGACUCCGGCCAUCACCGAGGGUGAACAAGAUACGGCUGACAAGAAGAAUGAUUAGAUGAUUGUCUAGCCCUUUACAUGUUAAUGCUGUUCAUACUCAUAUGCUGUGAAUGGCAUGAACUGUCUAGUGUUUUAAUUAAUUUUGAGUAGUUAAAUAAUAUUAACUAGUUGUGCAGUAUUUUGUCAAUGUCAACCUCAGGUAUAUUGUAAAAUGCGAAAUGUAUAUUUAUGUGUUUUUUGUAAAUUAGUAUUCAGCCAAAUGUUAUCACAAACAUGCUUAUAAUUAUGUAAAGUUCGUGAAAGUAUUAUGACAAAGUGUGUUGAAUUUACUAAAGUAAAUUGACACGCAUCACUGUUGAUUAAUUUGUUUGUUGUUUUGUUACAGUGUUGUGAUGAGGGCAACUCUAUAUUGAUCUUGUCAACUUGACAAGAUUGUUUAGGUGUUGCUUGUUAGCAUUUUUCUAGUUAAAUUUUACUGCGGAUAGUUAAUUUGUUAACAUUUGACUAUGUAUUUAUCAAAUAUUUGAAAACAGGCUUUACCUAUGUACAUUAAAAUACUUUAUCUAUUUGUUAUAAAGUUUCAGAGCAUGUUUAUGUAAUGUGAACAUUACCGUUUUAUUGUAUUCUUCAAGAUUUUCUACAAUAUUUAAUAUUAUUGCAGCACAAUAUAACAUUAAUUAUUUAAUUUCUAUUGCCAUUAUAGUUGUGAUGGUGUCUAAAAUAAAUUCGUUGUUUCAAAAGAUAA